AUGGCUAAAGACUGUUGCCAAACAGUCCUAAAAUAUUUCCUGUUCCUAUGCAAUCUGGUGUUCACAGUUCUGGGCCUGGUGGUCCUUGGUCUGGGGAUGUGGGGCCUCAUCACCAAAGAGUCAUUUGCUCAGGAGAAGAUCAGCAGCAUCGGCACUGACCCCAUGCUGAUACUUGUGACUCUGGGCUUGCUCUUGACUAUGCUCUGCCUGUCAGGCUGCGUGGGCGCCGUAAGAGAGAACUGCUGCUUACUGAAGCUGUUCUCCGCCGCGGUGCUGAUGCUCAUCACGGCCCAGGUGCUGGCCGCCAUUAUGGCCUACAGUCUGCAAGACCAGAUUGGAGGCUACCUGCGCUCAGGGAUGUUAGCUGCCAUGGUGCAUUACCAGGAUGAUCUGGAUCUGAGGUUCAUUACGGACGAGAUUCAGUCAAAUCUGCAGUGCUGUGGGGCAGACAACUACCGUGACUGGGAGGUCAACAUAUAUUAUAACUGCUCAGCUCCAGGAGUGCUGGCCUGUGGUGUCCCUGCGACAUGCUGUGUGGACCCUUUGGAGAACGGCACGGUGUGGAACUCUCAGUGUGGUGUAGGAGCCCAGCAGCUCGACGAGUUUACCGCUCAGAGUGUGAUAUUCCUGGGUGGCUGUCUGGGGGGAAUCUCUCGCUGGAUUGAGCAGCACGAGGGCCUGAUAGGGACAGUUGGCAUCGUUGCAGUGGGGGUCCAGAUUCUGACUCUGUUUAUCACUACACGACUGCUGGAAAGCAUCCAGUGGCAUAAAGUUUAUAUAUGA